CAAAGCAUCGAAAAAGCUUUGCCACCUCCAUUUAUUCAUAAUUCUACGAGGAGUUAAUUUUAUUUGAGUGAACGGCUACCCAGACGUUCAUUCGCUAAGCGGUGCGCCCACAAAUUGUAGUGAAAUAGUUUUUUUUAUAAACGAACUAUGCAGUCACAUUAAGUUUUACGCCAUGCGCUUGUAUUUACUGGUGUUGUUGCUUUUUGUUGAAAAAUGUACACCGCAAUUUCGUUAUACGGAAACGGUGGAAGUUUCGUACCAAAUAGCUGGUAUAUUUGAGAAGGAUGCCACCACCCAACUGUCGGCGUUCAAUGACAGCUUCAACCAUGUGCACCUCCAGGAGGUUCGGAUAAAGCCUAUCAUGUUACAACCGCUGAGGACUGACAGCUACUCAGUUUGGAGAGAACUGUGUUCAACCGAUGGAAUACAACCGGUAGCUAUAUUUGGUCCACAAAAUCCGGUAUCAGAUGGUAGUACUCGAGACCAGUGCGCUAUUAUGAACAUACCUCACAUCCAAGCUACAUGGCAGCCUAACGACCCAGACUUAGAACUAAAUGAGCAAGAAAAUGCAGAAGAUGCUGAAACAGAAAGUGAACCAAAUAAUGAAGAAGCAGAAGGAGAAGAAACGAAUGCAGAAGGAGAAGAAGAGAAAGAAGAAGCGCAAUUCAAAAAGAUUUCAAUAAACUUUUAUCCGGACUCCGAAGAAAUUGCACUGGCGUACGGAAAACUUUUGAAGUAUUAUAAAUGGGGAGAAUUUGCAGCGCUCUAUGAAGAUACCUUCGGUUUACUGAGAGUUCAGAAAAUUCUGGCUGAAGUGUCUGUGAAUUCGCAAAUUUUCAUGUUUAAGUUGGACCCAGAAGGCGACAACCGUCAGAUCUUCAAGGCGCUAAAUGAAUACCACAUAAGCAGAUUCCUACUAGACUGUCAUUCAGACCGCAUCCUACAAUAUCUGAGUGAAGCGGACAAUGCGCAAUUAGUCAGUGAGUACCAGCACUUCGUACUGGUAUCAAUGGACGCCUCUACGGUAGCAGAGAAGCUGGUGAAGAUGCCAUCCAACAUAACUUGGCUCAGUAUUACUGAGUAUGACAAGUUGAGCGAUGAAAGACAUUAUCUUGCAACCAGGGUCGGCAACUGGCAGUCAUUGGAAGAAUCACCAACUGUAGCCCAGUUCAAGCUUGAUGCGUUGAUAACGGAUGACGUCGCUAAUCACCUGGUGAAGGCGCUCGAUUUCGAGGGAUUGAAGGAUCGCGAACAACCUCCUACUUUCAGUUGUACUGAACCAGAACCUUGGGAGCACGGGGCAACAUUUCAACAGAAAAUAUUAAAGACAAAAACCUACGGCGCUACAGGGAACAUAGAAUUUGAUCAAAAUGGUCGUAGAAUUAAUUAUGUUCUGUAUGUUAAUGAGAUACACGUGAGAGACAGGCAGACUAUUGGCAGAUGGGAGUCUGCUAAUGGUUCGGCUAUCAUUGAGACCACGAGGAAUAACAACAGCGUCACUAGCCAACAAAAUGGUAAAGAAUUCAAAGUAAUAUCCCGCAUAGCGAAACCCUAUUUCUGGUACAAUGAAGAAUGUAACGUCAGGGAAUGCAAAGAUGACGAAAAAUUCGAAGGCUUCUCUGUGGACCUGGUCAAAAACAUAAUUCGCAUUCUGAGAGAAGAGAAAUAUAAUUAUACGUAUAAGUUUAUAUACGACCCGGAUAUGGUGUACGGAAUCUUUGAUCCCGAGAAAAAGAAAUGGACCGGCCUUAUAGGAUACCUGCUGGACAAAAAAGCUGACUUGGCCGUUUGUGAUUUAACCAUAACAGAGGAACGGAAGAAAGUCGUAGACUUCUCAGUACCGUUCAUGUCUCUUGGAAUAAGUAUUCUGUACACCCAGGAUCGUAAAGUGAAGCCGGGCAUGUUUUCCUUCCUCAAUCCCUACACUUUCGAGGUGUGGAUGCACACAGCCACGGCAUACUGUGUAGUUUCUAUCAUACUUUUCAUUUGUGCUAGAAUAUCACCAGCUGAUUGGCAAAACCCAGAACCUUGUGAGAAAGAUCCGGAAGAACUAGAAAAUAUAUGGACGUUUAAGAACUGCGCCUGGCUGACAAUGGGUUCCAUCAUGACGCAAGGAUGCGACAUAUUGCCCAAAGCUAUAGGAACCCGCUGGGUUUGCGGUAUGUGGUGGUUCUUCGCCGUGAUCGUAUGUCAAACGUACAUUGCCCAGCUGUCAGCCUCAAUGACGUCAGCCUUGGAGAAUGAACCAAUCAACAGCGUCGAUGACUUGGCCAAACAAACUAAGAUUCGAUACGGAGCCAUCAAUGGAGGAUCCACUCUUGAGUUUUUUAAGUCCUCCAAAGACAAAAUGUUCAGGCAUAUGUACGAAACUAUGCAAGCGAACCCAGCCGUCCUAGUAACCAGUAACGACAUAGGAGAGAAUAGAGUACUGAAGAGUAAGAACAAAUACGCUUUCUUCAUGGAGUCCAGUACCAUUGAGUACAAAUUGAAAAGAAACUGCGAUUUGAAGAAAGUCGGAGGCGAGUUGGACAGUAAGGAUUACGGGAUAGCUAUGCCAGCAAAUUCACCAUUCAGAACGGAUAUAAACCGAGCCAUUUUAAGACUAAAAGAAUUAACAACUUUGGACAAAAUUAAAAACAAAUGGUGGCACGAAAAAUAUGGAGCUAAAAAAUGUGAACCUGUCACCGAUGAAAACGACACAGAAGGUGAUCUUGAGAUGGAGAACUUGAUCGGAGCCUUCGUGGUGCUGGUGGUAGGACUAGUGUUCUGCCUGUUCAUGGCCGCCAUCGAGUUCAUGAAUGAAGUCCGCAACAUCGUCGUGCGUGAACAAGUAACCCACAAAGAAGUAUUCAUCAAAGAAUUGAAGGCUUCGCUAAACUUCUUCCAACUACGAAAACCAGUGCUUCGCAACCCUAGCAGAGCUCCAUCCCUAGCCAACACGGACAGUGACGAAAGACGAGAGAAAACAUCUAAAGCCAUCGAAAACUUCAUGGAUUUAGAAAAAGAAGUCCAAUAAACAACGAACCUCUUUUACUAAUUAGCUCAGAGUGAAGUGUCCAAUAACUUUCUAUUACUUUAACGUGAGCUUAUUACUAACUGUAAAUUCGUUCAUUACUUGCUUUAGUAGCGAAAAUAAAUGUUGUAAUAAAACGUU